AUGUGCAGUUCCUCCAAUAUCAAACCAGAACGCUCUCACAGGACCUCACCCAGCUCACCGGACCUCGCCCAGCUCACAGGACCUCACCCAGCUCACAGGACCUCACCCAGCUCACCGGACCUCGCCCAGCUCAGCUCACAGGACCUCACCCAGCUCACCGGACCUCGCCCAGCUCACAGGGCCUCACCCCUAGCACACAGGACCUCACAGGGCCUCACCCAGCUCACAGGACCUCACAGGGCCUCACCCAGCUCACAAGGCCUCACCCAGCUCACAGGACCUCACCCAGCUCACAGGACCUCGCCCAGCUCACCGGACCUCGCCCAGCUCACCGGACCUCGCCCAGCUCACAGGGCCUCACCCAGCUCACAGGACCUCACAGGGCCUCACCCAGCUCACAGGACCUCACCCAGCUCACAGGGCCUCACCCAGCUCACAGGACCUCACCCAGCUCACAGGACCUCACCCAGCUCACCGGACCUCGCCCAGCUCACAGGACCUCACCCAGCUCACAGGACCUCACCCAGCUCACAGGACCUCACCCAGCUCACAGGACCUCACCCAGCUCACCGGACCUCGCCCAGCUCACAGGACCUCACCCAGCUCACCGGACCUCGCCCAGCUCACAGGGCCUCACCCAGCACACAGGACCUCACAGGGCCUCACCCAGCUCACAGGACCUCACAGGGCCUCACCCAGCUCACAAGGCCUCACCCAGCUCACAGGACCUCACCCAGCUCACAGGACCUCACCCAGCUCACAGGACCUCACCCAGCUCACCGGACCUCGCCCAGCUCACAGGACCUCACCCAGCUCACCGGACCUCGCCCAGCUCACAGGGCCUCACCCAGCACACAGGACCUCACAGGGCCUCACCCAGCUCACAGGACCUCACAGGGCCUCACCCAGCUCACAAGGCCUCACCCAGCUCUCACAGGGCCUCACCCAGCUCACAGGACCUCACCCAGCUCACAGGACCUCGCCCAGCCACCGGACCUCGCCCAGCUCACCGGACCUCGCCCAGCUCACAGGGCCUCACCUAGCUCACAGGACCUCACAGGGCCUCACCCAGCUCACAGGACCUCACCCAGCUCACAGGGCCUCACCCAGCUCACAGGACCUCACCCAGCUCACAGGACCUCACCCAGCUCACAGGGCCUCACCCAGCUCACAGGACCUCACAGGGCCUCACCCAGCUCACAGGACCUCACCCAGCUCACAGGGCCUCACCCAGCUCACAGGGCCUCACCCAGCUCACAGGGCCUCACCCAGCUCACAGGGCCUCACCCAGCUCACAGGACCUCACCCUCACCCAGCUCACAGGGCCUCACCCAGCUCACAGGGCCUCACCCAGCUCACAGGGCCUCACCCAGCUCACAGGACCUCACCCAGCUCACAGGGCCUCACCCAGCUCACAGGGCCUCACCCAGCUCACAGGGCCUCACCCAGCUCACCCAGCUCACAGGGCCUCACCCAGCUCACAGGGCCUCACCCAGCUCACAGGGCCUCACCCAGCUCACAGGGCCUCACCCAGCUCACAGGGCCUCACCCAGCUCACAGGACCUCACCCAGCUCACAGGGCCUCACCCAGCUCACAGGACCUCAUCCAGCUCACAGGGCCUCACCCAGCUCACAGGACCUCACCCAGCUCACAGGACCUCACCCAGCUCACAGGACCUCACAGGGCCUCACCCAGCUCACAGGACCUCACAGGGCCUCACCCAGCUCACAGGACCUCACCCAGCUCACAGGACCUCACCCAGCUCACAGGGCCUCACCCAGCUCACAGGACCUCACCCAGCUCACAGGACCUCACCCAGCUCACAGGACCUCACAGGGCCUCACCCAGCUCACAGGACCUCACCCAGCUCACAGGACCUCACCCAGCUCACAGGUCUGGUCUUGGGCUCAGGUGCAGCGGACUCUGAAGGGCCUGCCGAUGUCUCCAAGGACGUGGCAGAGGAUCCAACAGCAGAUGAUGAGAAAAGACGUAAAACGGGCUUGGUGACCACAGCCUGGGACCGUCUGUACUUCUUCACCCAGGGAGGGAACCUGAUGUGCCAGCCGCGGGGGGCCGUGGCGGGGGGCAUGGUCCUGGACCUGGACAACAGCUCCGUGAUGGCCAUCGAGUGUGAAGACCGGAGAUACUGCUUCCAGAUCACCUCCUCCACCGGGAAAACGUCGAUGAUACUUCAGGCUGAGAGCAGAAAGGAAUAUGAAGAGUGGAUAUGUACAGUGAACAACAUCUCCAGACAGAUUUACCUGACGGACAACCCAGAGGCUGUGGCCAUCAGACUGAACCAAACCGCCAUCCAGGCUGUCACCCCCAUCACCAGCUUCGAGAAGAGACAAGAGGGCUCCCCCAAUCCAGACAGAGCUAAACCAGGUGGGGUCCAUGUGAGCGGAGCGUCACAGAAGUCUACCACUGAAGCUGAAGACCUGAUCGCUCCUGGUACACCCAUCCAGUUCGACAUCACUCUCCCUGCAUCCGAGUUCAUGGACCAGAACAGAGGAGGAGGACGCUCGAAUCCUUUUGGAGAAACGGGAGACGAGUGUUUGGCAGAGAGCGAUGACUCGUUGCUGCAGCAGGUGUUCGAGGUCCGCUUCUUGGGUUCCAUGGCGGUGCGAUGUGGGAACAACCAGGAAGUGAUCUACGAGGCCAUGAGGCAGGUUCUCGCCGCUCGAGCCAUCCACAACAUCUUCAGGACCACAGAGUCUCACCUCAUGGUCACCAGCAACGACAUCAGGUUAAUCGAUCCCCAGACACAAGUGAAUAAAAUCACUUUCCAGCUCGGUGAUGUGUGUCAGUUUGCGGCUCACCAGGAGAACGGGCGCCUGAUGGGUUUCGUGGUGGAGGGCAGAGACUGGAGCGAGGGGGAGGGGCAGCCGGCCUACAGCGCGUACAUCUUUGAGAGCAACACGGAGGGAGAGAAGGUCUGCUUUACCAUGAAUCUGGCGAAGGACAUCACAGAAGCUAAAAAGGAUUCCUCCAGGUGCUCCGGGUUCCCCUACACUAAUAACAUGUACAACAGCUCAUCUCUCUCGGAGGACCCGGAGGCUUUGGCAGAGCUCAUGAAGAACAUGCCUUUGACCAACGACGGCAAGUUCCUCCUCCUGGAUCCAGAGAGCGGAGAAGAACCAGAGGGAGCCAGUCAAGAGGACCUGGAGUCUGAGGCCUAG